ACUCCAGUGUAAACAUACUCCAGACAAUGUCUGCCAAUGGUUCAAUAACUAACGAUUCCAAAGACAUUCCUGUGUUUGGAACUAUUACUGAAGGUUCUAAGAAUGUGUCCCCUUUAAAAGCUGCUCUUGACUACACUGAAGUGUAUCACUCUGUACCACUCCAUGAGUCUAAAGUUCAGCCAAAUGGAAAUUGCUCAGCCUCUGUAAUGCAGAGUAACACAGAGGUUGGAGAUGUGCGUCUUGUUCCAGCCCAAGAGCUGUGGAGCUCAGCCCGUGACAAGGCUGUCAAACUCAGGAUGGAAGCUUCAGAACUGGGUUCAAAACCUCCCAUGACAGUCCAUCAGAUGUUCUGGGCUACGGUGGAGAAGUUCGGAGACCUGCCUGCUCUUCGGGCCAAGAAAGACGGCAUGUGGAUCACCCUUACCUACAAGGAAUACUAUCAACAUUCCAGAGCAGCAGCAAAAAGUUUUCUGAAGCUUGGGCUGGAGCGAUUCCAUGGAGUUGGAAUUCUGGGCUUCAAUUCUCCUGAAUGGUUUAUUGCAGAUGUUGGAUGUAUCCUGGCAGGGGGACUUGCAACUGGAAUCUACACAACCAACACUCCAGAAGCCUGCCAGUAUGUUGCUGAUAACUGUCAAGCUAAUGUUCUGGUGGUGGAAAACCACAAACAACUGAUAAAAAUUAUCCAGGUCAGAGAUCAACUACCACAUUUGAAAGCUAUUGUUCAGUACAAGGGUGAACUGGAGCAGAAGUUACCAAAUGUAUAUACGUGGGCAGAAUUCAUGAAGCUUGGAGAGGAGGUCCCUGAUGCAGCACUGGACGCGGUGAUCAACAGUCAAAAUGCCAAUGAGUGCUGCACACUCAUCUACACAUCAGGGACCACAGGAAAUCCCAAAGGGGUCAUGCUCAGCCAUGAUAAUAUCACAUGGACAGCCAAUGCAGCAGGUAUCAUGACCAGACUGAAGAUGGGUGACGAGGAACUGGUGAGCUAUUUGCCUCUGAGUCACGUGGCUGCCCAAGUCAAUGACAUGUGGAUCUGCAUGAGGUUUGCCGGCACAACCAGUUUUGCAGAACCUGAUGCCUUGAAGGGCUCUCUGGCCAACACUCUGAGAGAGGUGCGUCCCACAAGCUUCUUGGGAGUUCCCCGAGUGUGGGAAAAAAUGCAAGAAGCGAUGAAAGCCGUUGGGGCAAAAUCAUCCAUCAUGAAGAAGAGGAUUGGUGAUUGGGCCAAGGGAAUAGGACUUCAAGCAAGCUAUAAUGCCAUGGAGGGUGGUUCCUCAGUGCCUUGGGGCUUCACGGUGGCCAAUAACCUGGUUUUCAAGAAUGUGCGAAAAGCUCUAGGUCUUGACCGCUGUAAGGCCUGCUACACUGGUGCAGCUCCCAUCACCAAAGACACACUGGAGUAUUUCAUGAGCCUUUAUAUGCCCAUCUUUGAGCUGUAUGGUAUGAGUGAGAGCACUGGACCCCACGCUAUCUCCUGGGCCGAGGACUACCGCAUUAUGAGCUGUGGAAAGGUCAUGACAGGCUGCAAAACCAAGCUAGACAAGGAGGAUAAUGAUGGGAUUGGUGAGGUCUGUUUCUGGGGACGGCAUGUGUUCAUGGGAUACCUAGACAUGCCAGACAAAACUGAAGAGGCACUGGAUGCAGAUGGGUGGCUGCACUCAGGAGACCUGGGGAAACACGAUAACAAUGAAUUUCUGUAUAUCACUGGCAGGAUAAAAGAGUUAAUCAUUACUGCUGGUGGAGAAAAUGUACCACCAGUCCCCACUGAGGAUGCAAUAAAGGAGGACGUGUCAAUAAUCAGUAAUGCAAUGUUGGUUGGAGACAAAAAGAAGUUUCUCUCCAUGCUACUCACACUCAAAUGUAAUGUUGAUGAGAACGGAGAGCCCACAGAUGAACUGACCCCACUCGCGGUGGAUUUCUGCCGGCAGCAUGGCGUAAUUGCCAGCAAAGUCUCUGAGAUCAUUAACAAAAAAGAGCCUGCCAUUUACAAAGCAAUCCAGGAGGGAAUGGAGCGUGUCAAUGCCAAAGCAGCAUCCAAUGCCCAGAGAGUCCAGAAGUGGACCAUCCUGCCACGGGACUUCUCCAUAUCUGGUGGAGAACUUGGUCCAACCAUGAAGCUCAAGAGGCCUGUUGUCUCUAAAAUGUACCAAGAAGAAAUCAACCAAUUUUAUGGGGAAUGACAGACACCCCAAUAAGAAACUUUAGGGCUUUUUUCUUAAACUUGUUUGCAGCGACAGUGAGUGACAGCAAUUUGAUCUCAUUCUUUUGCCAUUGCUCAGUAAUAUAUCUGGUUGUCGCUCACUUUGAAGCUUCUAACAGACUGCUAGACUGUAAGCUUCACUACUGAAAGCCAUGUGUCCUCAAUCAAGCUUUCACAACUCCAAUAAUUUUGAUGAUACUUUAUGUAGCUAAACAGACUGAAUCAUAGCACAAGUGAUUUCUCUCAUAUUGUCAGUUAUAACAUGUUUGGUAAUUGAGUAUGUACACCAAUAUAUACCAUUAUGUUUUAAUUCAGUACCACUUUUCUGAUCCAUUACCCCUUGAGGUAGCUGCUCGUUCAGUUUUUCCAUUAUUGCAUUAUUGGUCUUUUGUUCUGUAUAUUCUGUAGAAUAUAUGAAAUGUUAAUGAAAUUACUGUGCAUAUUACUGUUAUUGUGAGAUCUGUUCAAUCUCUUCAAACAGUUCCAGUGUAACUGUAAGGAAGCAGACGUGUAAAGAAGUUUCUGUACUUUAACCCAGAACCUUGGAUAUUUAUAACAGUGCAGAUUGUCAGCAUAUGUUUGAAAAUAUAAAUGAAAUAAAUAAUAUAUUAGAAC